AGGAAGCGCUGGUGGUGGCCGCGGCUGCGGAGCCCGAGUUUUCGGCAGCCCACAGGGCUGGGGGGCAGAGCGCGCGGGGAGCCGGCCGGCGCCCCUCAGGAACCCCGCAGACCGUGGAAGAAAUUUUUAUACUGUGAGCCACAUAAAAGAAUUAAGGAAGUUUUGGAAGAAGAACUUUAUAUCAAGAGAGAUGAAUGCCACAUUAAAAAUGCACCUUCAGUGGCCCUGGAAAGGAUUUGGAGCAUUAAAAAGAAUCUCCCUGUAGGAAGCUUAAAGCCAGGACUACCAAGCAGAAACAGUUUACUGCCACAAGCCAAGUACUAUUCAAGGCACGGAGGACUGAGAAGAUAAGAUGAAUAGAAUGUGUCACUGAGAAGAAACCUCUUUCUCCUAGUGUCUGAAGAACACUGAAGAAACCCAAACUUGUUUCUCAAUUUCAGAUGUGUGGGAGGAAAAAGUACAUUAGUCUGUAAAAUCUACUUAUAAACUAACCCAAAGUAAUGAAAGACUAUUGCUAAAGUUUUCUGAGUACCCAAAAAUAAUGAAGGAGAAUACUGCACUUAUCUUUAGUUGUCCCAGUUGGAAUAAAUUGGGCUUCUAAUUCAGCCUAUUUUAUUAAAUAUGUGAAACACUGAUGAAGCAGAGACACAUGAGCCUUUUCUUCAAGAUGGAUAUUAUAAAUCUUAACCCUUUAUCACAGAAUAGUGCGCUAAUCCAUUUAAAAACAGAAUAAAUGCAGAUAUAGAUAAUAGUAAAUGACAUAAAUGA